AAAGAAGAAGGAAGACGACGAAGAAGAAACGUAAUGCGUCACAAUUCAAAACAGUACUGGAGGUUAACAGCAGAGUGUGUUUGUUCCAUUUUAAAGAAUGUCUCAAACUAAUUCAGGAAAAGACAGCCAAGCGUCAGAAGCUAAAAAGACAAUCUCCCUACCGAUCUCCAGAGUGCGGCUGAUCAUGAAGAGCUCCCCGGACGUCUCCAGCAUCAACCACGACGCUCUCUUCCUCACCACCAAGGCUACUGAGCUGUUUGUGCAGCAUCUGGCUCUGACCUCCUUUAACAACCGCUCCCAGACGGAAGCCAACACCCUGAACUACAGCGACCUGGCUAAAACCGCAGAGGAGAGCGACACUUUCCACUUCCUCACAGAUAUUUUGCCCAAAAAAAUCCUUGCUCAAGAUUAUCUGAAGACUUUGGAACAAAUGCAAGAUGAAGACAGUGAUUUCUGAUAAGGAGAGAACUUCUUUUCCAAUGUGGACAUUUUAUCACAUGUACUCUGCUGUUAUUGGGAGGAAAAGUGAGGCGGCACAUGGACUUCAUUACUUUUCAACUUACUCACUUGGUUCAUGUAGAGAUUUUAGGAAAAAAAAAAGGUUUGAGAAUGGGAAACUAAGUACACCAAAAAUAUGAAAUGAUGUCCCUCGGAUCAACUUUAACUCACGCAGUCCCAGGAGGAUAUAGGUAAUAAAUAACUACAACCAAAUAAAAUUUUUUAACACUGCUCCAAAGAUAAAGGCUGUUAAAUGAGUUUUUUUUAACCCCCAACACCUAGUGUUAUGCAAAGAUUUCUACUAAUCUUGAACUACUUCCCAAAUUGCUAUGUUAAAACUUUAAACUCCAAGGUGGCUUAUUGGGAUUUUAUGCUAGACCAACAGAAAGAAGUAGAUAAUUGUGAAGGGCAAAUAUGACAUGAGUUUUUUAAAGGGUUUUUGUAAAGUAAUGUAAAGUGUGACAUUUGUUUGUAUUCUGCCAACCCCCCCAUGUAAAUACUUUAUAAAACAAACACUGACUGCAUUUACAGCUGCAGGUAAGACUCUAUCAGCUUUACCUUUUGUAGAUGCUGAAACAUUUGCCCAUUUUUCUUCUUUAUAAACAGCUCAGGCUCAGUCAGAUUGGAUGGAGAGCAUCAUUGAACAUCAAUGCAUCUUAAGCAGCCUCCAGCAGGUUUUCUUCAGGGAUUGCCCUGUAAUUAGCAUCCGUCCAUCUUCCCGUCAACGCAAACCAACUUUUCUGUGUCCACUGAAGAAGAGCAUCCCCUCGGCAUGAUGCUGACACCCCACGGUGGUAUAGUUUCCGUCAAAUUUAUUGUUUUCACAAGAUAUGAUGCACUAGUAUUACCUGCACCGCUGUAAGUUUAAGCUAAUUAUUAAAGUACCAUGCACUCAAGACGCCUGUGAUAAAUUUUUGGCAAACUUAUUUUUAAUGCAUCAUAAAAAGUUUUAGAAAGCAAAAAUAGAAAAGCAACUUUUUAUGUAACUGACAUUAAAAUAAAUGUAUUCUCCCCUCCCCCUGCCAACUAAAUAAAGUUCUCAUUAUCUAA